GGGCUUUUCCAUAGCGGGGGCGGCACUUGGCGCGGGAUGGGAAUGGACUAUACUAGGAAUGGACUAUACUACAUUUGUAUUUUGUAAUCUGAAAGAAGAAUAGCAUUUGGAAUAAUGGCAACAGGAGACCUACAAGGAAGUUUAAGAAAAAUAGAACAAGGACUUCGUUUACUAAAUUAUCCAAGAGAUGUGGAUUACACAAUGUUAGUAAAGGGUGACCCAGCUGCAUUUUUACCUAUCAUCAGCUACUCUUUUACAUCCUUUUCAACUCACAUAGCAGAACUUUUGGUAAAGUGCGAUGUGGAGCUCACAGCAAAGACUGACUUGCGUUUUAUUGAAGCUAUUUAUAAGCUCCUUCGAGAUCAAUUUCAAUAUAAACCAAUUUUAACAAAACAGCAGUUUCUUCAAUUCGGCUUUGCAGAAAGAAAAAUGCAGAUCGUUUGUGACAUUAUCAACUGUGUGGUGAAAAGGCAUAAGGAAUUAAGUAACUCGAAUAAGGUUAAAUCCCAAACAAGGAAAAAACUCAGGUCUUUACCACAAUUUGGCCAUACUUGGUAUUUGAAUGUCCUUACUGAUCCUAGUGGGAGUGCUCUGAAUUCCAAACAGAAGCCCCAAGUAGAACGUCACUCAGGCAGUGAAGUUAGUGGUGACCUUCAUGCACUACCCCUUCCAGCACAGGGAGGUAAUGAAGAAUUGUAUCCAGAUCAUGAUGUUGUGGAACUUAAAUGUAAACAGGUCAUGGAAGAUAAUUCAGAGAUUGAAUUCCUAAAGAUUCAGCUUGCUGAUUGCCAGGAAAAGCUUCAUAAGCUAGAUUGGAUGGAAGAUAAACUGCAUGUUUUAGAAGAGAAACUGGAAGGAAAGGUGAUCAUAGAUGAGAAGGACUGGAAUAACUUGUUGAGUCGAGUUUUGCUUCUUGAAACAGAGCUAACAUUGCAGUCCCAAAAGAAUAUAUCAACAGAGCUCAGCAAUACAAAUCAAGAAUGUACUUCUAUUAGGUUUCCAGUUUCUCUUGAUACAGAGAGGAAGGAGAUGCCAGAGAAUCUUCAUCAGUCGUCAGGAUACAGUUCACCGUUAUCCACAGACCCAUCUCCCAAAGCCAUGACCAUUAAUUCUCAUAAUCUGACAGGCAUUUCAAAGGAGACAACAAGACAAAGAAUGGAAAGGAUAAGUAAAAUAAUGGAGGAAACCUCAGAAUUGUUGAAAACAUUGAGCAACACCUCUGAGAAGAUCUAAAAGCACAGGUCUCUGACCCAUUUUCUGUGGACUUACUGAUAUCAGAACUAAUACCGCAUUUGUUUGCACACAUUAUAUUUUUAAUACAAUAAAUUUGUAGUGAUCACGAGUACUUUUAGCCAUUGAAUAAACAUUUUUCUAAUGCAUCUGUGUAUUGAUUUCCCUACCUACCCCCGGUCCUAAUUUUUUGUUUUAAAAACUUUUCAAAUAGCUUUCAACCCCCUCAGUUUGUGAAGUCAUUAAAGCAGUGUAUUUUUGUGUUGACAUUUGCAGCUUA